AUGUCCGUCGAACGAGUCAAAGAUCGCAAAGACGAAGACAUCCAAGAAGGCGACCACGUCUGGACACGGUAUCGUGGCGGCGUCCGAGAGGGAGAUGUCCAGAAAAUCGUCAUGGAUGAACGCGAAGCUCGACAGGAGGCUGUGGCUAACCCGCCCAAGGUUAUUUUCAUAGACCAGCAUGGUGAUCGAGUCGCGCAUAAUCCGACAACAUUGUCCAAGACAUCUACGUUGUGA